CGCGUGGGGUCGCCAUCGCUGCAACAUUCAGUGGCGCCCGCCCGCUCCAUUAUUCAAGAUGCGCGACCCCCAAAUCUAAUUCACACGGCGCGCGCUGGACACCGCAAGGACACGGAAGCACACACACACGUACACACGUACACACACACACGCACACACACACGUACACACGUACACACACACACACGUACACACACACACACACGCACACACACACGUACACACGUACACACACACACGCACACACACACGUACACACGUACACACACACACACGUACACACGUACACACACACACGCACACACACACGUACACACGUACACACACACACACGUACACACACACACACGCACGUACACACACACGUACACACACACACGUACACACGCACACACGUACACACACACGCACGUACGCACGUACACACACGCGCACACAUACGUACGCACGUACACACACACGCACACACACGUACGCGGCGUACAGCAGAACUGGUAUUCUAAUUGUUUUCCCGUUUAAACAAUUAAAAUCCGGCACACACACAUACACACACACACAGACGUGUUUGCGUUAAACGAAAAUGGCCACCCUCCUGCGCAAAAUCGGCUUCAGCCGCCUGCGUCCGCCCGUCGUGACGCGCAGCCCGAAGGUGUCCAGGAAGGGCAUGGUCAGCGUGGACGUGUUGAGGGCGAACAGCAUCAGCAGCAGCAGCACCGGCGGAGCACAGCGGCAUCAGCAGCAGCAACAGCAUCAUCAGCAGCAUCAACAGCAGCAGCAUCUCGCGGGCGUUCUCAACGAUUCCGGUACCAAGGACAGCGCCUCGGACACCAAGAAACAGCAACAGCAGCAGCAGCAAAAUCAUCAUCAUCAGCAGCAUCAUCAGCAGCAGCAGCAUCAUCAUCAGCACCAUCAGCAGCACCAUCAUCAGCAGCAGCAUCCGCGCGCGGCAGCAUCAGCAUCAUCAGCCGCGAGCUCCAGCCACUGCCGCCAGGUGCGCGCCCGCCGCCUCAUGAAGGAGCUGUCCGAGCUGAGCCGCCUCGGCCACGAGGUGCUCAGCGUGGAGCUCGUGGGCGAGAGCCUCUUCGAGUGGAACGUCACCCUGCGGCAGAUCGACCUCGAGUCGGCCCUGUGGCAGGACUUGCGCGAGGCGGGCGCCGACGGCGUCCUCCUCAACCUGACCUUCCCCGAGAGCUUCCCCUUCUCGCCGCCCUUCAUGCGCGUGCUCAGCCCGCGCAUCGACAACGGCUUCGUGCUCGACGGCGGCGCCAUCUGCAUGGAGCUGCUCACGCCCAAGGGCUGGUCCAGCGCCUACACCGUGGAGGCGCUCGUAAGGCAGUUCGCCGCCAGCCUCGUGAAGGGGCAGGGGCGAAUCAGCCGCAAGAAGAAGGCGUUCACGAGAAAGGAGGCGCAUGCGACGUUCCGUAGCCUCGUGAAGACCCACGAGAAAUACGGAUGGGUCACUCCGCCGUCCUCCGACGGAUAGAAGUCGCCUUGACCUCUUGACCUCGCCUCUCGUGGUGUCCAUCGUUGAGUUGGCUCUGGCUCCCCACCACACCACCACCACCAACCCACCCACCCUCACUUGCUAUCGGUCAUUAACGAAGCCGCCGCCGCGACACCCUUCGGCGUGGUGAGUGUUGUUGGGACCGUGAGUGAAUAGAAUUACACUGGUCAACACAAAAAAAACAUUUUUUUCUUGCCUAGACUUUUGCAGCUGUUUUUGACUAAUUCCAGGGUGCUAAUUCUAAAUCUGAUCUCAGAUUUGCUCUAUCACAUCUCAUUUUUAUGCUAUCGGCAUACCCCAUUUUCAUUGAUUUUACCCGAAAUUAACUCUGUUGUUGCGAGUCAGUGACUGCUUUAGUGUUAAAAUAUGGUGGUGUAUUUUUAGGAUAGUGUGUUUAUAAUAUAAUUUUAUGUAGAUAUCCACAUUUAUUUAAUAUUUUUCUUCCGCAGUUCUUAUUGAAAAUGCAAUAUUUGAUAUCUCAAAAACCUGACGUGAUAGACAAAAACCGAUGCCAGAUUUGGAAUCAGCACCCCAAAAUUACCUUAAAACCGUUGGAAUACCUUAUGCCAGAAAAAGUGUGUUGAACAGUGUAAUCAGUCGGUGAGUGUUGACCCCCCAUCAACCAGCCCUCCCAAACCAUAAUCGGUCUCUGGAUUUGAAUGUCGGAUGUAAUUUACGAGCGCUUUUCGAGGUAUCGUUUUAACGUUGUUGUUGUUGUUAUUGUGACUACUACUGCUGCAUUGUUAUUUCACGACGUGCCCAAGAGGACGACCUCUGCGGAGAUGGAGCAAAUGAGUUCGGCUCCAAGCGCAGGAGGCAGAGACCCACGGAUGUUCGGUCGGCAAAUGGACCGCGAGGCGACGGUGACUGGCGGAGGCCUUCAUCCAGCAGUGGAUAGCUCCUGGCUUGUUGAUGAUGACGACGACGAUGGUUACUUCACAUGAUGUUGGCGCUGUCCCCUUGCCGAGUGAGUUUGAUCUCUUGUGGAGGAGUGUACGCUAUCCCUGCGAGGCAGUAUUCUGAAGAUUGCCUUUUGGCGUCAUCUGGUCCAACCCAUGUGAGACUAGGCUCUAAGGAAAGCUGUCUUGGGUGUGGACCAAUCAACUUCAAGGACAGUGCAUACAUUAUCAGAGUUAUGUUUUUUGUUUGCAUUAUGACUGCAGGUAUUGUGGUCUAUGCAAACAUGACUCCUUGUAAAAAAGGUGUCAGUUUUGUUGCCAGAUAAAAGGGUUAAAAAACAAUUAUCAUAUUUUUUCUUCUGGCAAAUGAGGUUCCAAUGGUGUAAAUGCUUACCCCGAGCUCUCAUACUCUGAUGGUGCAUUGUCUUUGAGAUGUGCGCCUUUUGGUGUCAUCUGGUCCAACACCAUGUGAGACUAGGCUCUAAGGAAAGCUGUCUCGGAUGUGGACCAAUCAACUUCGAGGACAGUGCAUACAUUAUCAGAGCUAUGUUUUUGUUUGCAUUAUGACUGCAGGUAUUGUGGUCUAUGCAAACAUGACUCCUUGUAAAAAAGGUGUCAGUUUUGUUGCCAGAUAAAAGGGUAAAAAAACAAUUAUAACAUUGUCAUUUUUAUUAUUGUUAUUUGACUGGUCAUGUGGCUCAGCGGCAGUGCGAGCCAGCUCGCGCUCAGAAGAUGGCGAGUUACGGGGGCUGACCCGGCCCAUCAGCCCUCUAGGGUCGAUAAAAAAGGUACCAGUUUGGUAAGAAGUAAUUUCCCCGUGGAAUGUGGGAUUCCCAGCACUGGCUUAGGACUGUAAAACAACAGGAGAUGCGCACCACCUCGAAGUGUCCAUUUGAGCAAAACGAACAACAUCGAUGACCCUUUCGACUUCACAUUUCUUCAAUUAUAUCGAGAAUAUAGAAAGAGUUCACUACUAUAAAAAAAACACCAAUACGCGCUUUUGAUAUCGUCAUGCCAUUUGUGUCCACGCAUAUGAGCCCAUAAUGUGCAAGGCGCUUUAAAUAUCAAACGUGAUGAACGUGUAGUCGCUCUAACUGUAAACUGGCUUCACUUGCAUUUGGGCUCAUCAGUGAUCGUGCGGUCUUGCAAAGCCCCCCCCCCGCCCCUCCCCUCGCCUCCAUCCCAACAUGACAACCGCGUGAUGGUUUCACCAUUGUCGGGUAUCGUCAGUGUGGCAUUGUCCUGUUGGCUUGCGUGACAAUUGGGUGCAGGAUUCGGCAUAUUGAGAGCUCAUUAGUGAUCGUGUAGCCCUGUUGCAGCCACACGUGACGACUGUGUAAUGGUUUCACAAUCAUCGGUGACAGUUGCAGACACACAUGACGACUGUGUAAUGUCAUUACACCUCCUUUGACAGUACCAAAUUAUAAAAAUAGGGGUUUCCUCUUUUUUCUGGCAACAAAACUGAAACCUUUUUACGAGGAUUCAUGUCUGCAAAAAGGGGAAAAUCCUAUUAUUAUAUUUUGGUACUGGCAAAGGAGGUCUAAUGAUGUAGAUGCUCACCCCGAGUUCUCAUUACUUUGAUGUUGCAUUGUCUUUGAGCUGUACGCCUUUUGGCGUCCUCUGGUCGAGCACCAAUUGGGUCGAGGCUCAAAAGAAAGCUGUCCCUGGUGUGGACCAAUCAGUUUCAAGGACAAUGCAUAUAUUAUCAGAGUGUGUUUUUGUUUGCAUUUUGACUGCAAGUAUUGUGGUUAAUGCAGACAUGAAUCCUCGUAAAAAGGUUUCAGUUUUGUAGCCAGAAAAAAAGGGGAAAACCCUAUUAUUAUAUUAGACUGUGUAAUGGUUUCACAAUCAUUAGGCAUCAUCAGUGACAGUGUACCCUUGCUGCCACGUGAUAACUUUGUCAUGGGUUCACCAUCAUUAGGAAUCAUCAGUAACAGUGUAGCCCUGUUCUAUGACAGUUUGGUACGGAGUUGCUGUCGUGUUGAAUCACCAUUGACAAUGUAGCCCUGUCCUUCUGCACGACAAUUGCGUACAGGAGUCGCUAUAAUUUAGGAUCAUCAGUUGCAGUGUAGUCGUAACCGAUGCCGUGAUGGCACGCUCGAGUGUGUGUACCACAUCUUGCUGUGAAAUUUGAACGGAGUCCAAAGGCUUGACCUGCACUUUUCGUUCCAGAUGAUACUAACACGUGAAGUUAGUCAAACUCUGAUUUAAAGCUUUCGUGACUGCAGGGAUUCAUCUUCUUGGUUUUUUCGGUAAAGUCACGUAGAAGGGAAGUAAUAAAAUAAUAAAAAAAUAAAA